GGAGGCCCCGCCCCGCAGCGUCUAAUCUCUCUGGGUCGGAGCGCUCCUUACCGAGACCUAGCGAGCUGGUCGCAGCAUGAGUCGCCAAUCGGACCUGGUGAGGAGCUUCUUGGAGCAGUUGGAGGCCCGGGCCCACCGGGAGGGGGCAAUCCUCGCCCGUGAGUUCAGCGACAUUAAGGCCCGCUCAGUGGCCUGGAAGACGGAAGGUGUGUGCUCCACUAAAGCCGGCAGUCGGCUUGGGAACACAAGGAAGAACCGCUACAAAGACGUGGUGCCAUAUGAUGAGACGAGAGUCAUCCUUUCCCUGCUCCAGGAGGAGGGACAUGGAGAUUACAUCAACGCCAACUUCAUCCGGGGCACAGAUGGAAGCCAAGCCUACAUUGCGACGCAAGGACCCCUGCCUCACACUCUGUUGGAUUUCUGGCGCCUGGUUUGGGAGUUUGGGGUCAAGGUGAUCCUGAUGGCUUGUCAAGAGACAGAAAACGGACGGAGGAAGUGUGAACGCUACUGGGCCCAGAAGCAGGAGCCUCUACGGGCUGGGCCUUUCUGCAUCACGCUGACAAAGGAGACAGCACUGAAUGCAGACAUCACACUCAGGACCCUCCAGGUUACAUUCCAGAAGGAAUCCCGCUCUGUGCACCAGCUACAGUAUAUGUCCUGGCCAGACCACGGGGUUCCCAGCAGUUCUGAUCACAUCCUCACCAUGGUGGAGGAGGCCCGUCGCCUCCAAGGACUUGUAUCUGGACCCCUCUGUGUCCACUGCAGUGCUGGCUGCGGACGAACAGGUGUCCUGUGCGCUGUUGAUUAUGUGAGGCAGUUGCUGCUGACCCAGACCAUCCCGCCCAACUUCAGCCUCUUUGAAGUGGUCCUGGAGAUGCGGAAACAGCGGCCUGCCGCAGUGCAGACAGAGGAGCAGUACAGGUUCCUGUACCACACAGUAGCUCAACUGUUCUCCCGCACUCUCCAGAACACCAGCCCCCACUACCAGAACCUCAAGGAGAACUGUGCUCCAAUCUGCAAGGACACCUUCUCCUUCCGGACCUCCUCAGACCUGCCUGCCAUGUCCCGCCCACUAGGUGGGGUUCUUAGGAGCAUCUCGGUGCCUGGGCCCCCGACCCGUCCCAUGGCCGAUACUUACGCUGUGGUGCAGAAGCGUGGCGCUCCGGCGGGCACAGGGCCAGGGACGCGGGUGUCCAACAGUACGGACACCCCGAUCUACAGCCAGGUGGCUCCACGUGCCCAGCGGCCCGUGGCACACACCGAGGACAUGCAGGGGACACCAGCACUGAGCCGAGUUCCUGCGGAUCAAAACCCUUCCGGGCCUGAUGCCUAUGAAGAAGUAACAGAUGGAGCGCAGACUGGUGGGCUAGGUUUCAACUUGCGCAUCGGAAGGCCCAAAGGGCCGCGAGAUCCUCCAGCAGAGUGGACACGGGUAUAAUGAGGGCUGUGUCACUCAGUGGUGGCUGGACUUCUGCAACCACCAUGCUGCUCUGCAGUAUGUUAUGCAUGAGUGAGACUUGUGUGCCUGAAUCAAAAUAAAAGUUUCUCAGGGCAGAAAAAAAAAAAUAGGGGCUUUGCCCCAGUGGCUAUAGCAGUCAAAGUCUGGGGGCUAGGAGAGGUAAGUGGGAGGUGGUGGAUCUACUCUGAGAAAAUUCAAGGAAGCAUGUCAGCAGUGGGCAUCGCCACCGUCUUCCCCAUGCACCUACCGGGAAGUGCACCUCAGACAGAGUCCUAACUUGACAAAGCCCUCAGAGAGGUGCUGUGGAUAGUCAUGCUGGCCUCCAGCUAGAGACACGGCUAGAUAGAUCCUUAUAUAAACUGGCAAUGAGCUAGAAAGAUCUCCGGCUGGUCAGAGAAAUGGAUCACCCAGUCAGGUAAAUAGUAUGCCAUCCAGAAAGACAGAAUUUCAAGCCCCAUCUUUCUUGAGAUGCAUGAAAGUAGAUCCUCGAGAAUAUAUGUGUAUACAAUGCUCUACACUCCGAUCCCGCCCUCCUGCCCUGCCCCACUGCCAUAUGUCACAAACAAGUUAGGGUCUAUAUGACAGUUGUUCAUCUACUCAGUCCUGACUAUGCCUUCUGAUACAGUGCCUUUUCCAGGCUCUUGGAAAGCCUGUCUUGAAUUUGACGAAGGCUCCUCCCAUGAACUUGUGUGUCUAGGCAAACAUCAUGAAAAUGAUUUUUGUAGAAUUCAUCACAAAGUGGCCUCAAAACUCAGCUCAAGAGCCUUACACUGCUUCAUGAGUGUCAGACCACAGCCAGCUGCAGGCUCCCAGGUUCAUGGUGGUCCUGGGAAGUGAUUUGCCUUUUGAGUGUGGAGGAGGGUGUGGGGUGUGAAACUUAUUUGGUCACAAUAUCUAUUCUCAUUGUCAAAUGCUAAAAAAUCUGUGCCAUGAACAGCUCGGCCAACAGGAACCGCACAUGACAGGGAAACCUUGCGAAUCUUCAGCACCUCAGUAAAUCUAAACUCUUAAGAUGAGUUGGGGACAAGGGGAUGAUCAUGCCGAGAGGCAGCUAGGAGUAGAGAAGGGUCAGGGUGUUAUAUUUAGAGCACAGGCUAGGGCUGACCAUCCUGGGCUAACAAAAGGAAGGGAAGAGGAGGAAUAGGGUAUCAUUUAACACACAGGUUAAACUCAAAGCCAGAGCCAUUGAAUUCCUUGGUUCCAGAGAUCAGCCAGGAAAGCAGUAAAUUCCUGGAAAUGGGGAUCUGUUGCAGAAAGAGGAAGAAUGGUUCAUGAGGUCAAAAACCAGAACAGCUAUGGUUGAUAGGAUUAAUUCUGAGCUCUGUGGGCACUGUGUGGGCCUUAGCUGCCCUGUCUGAAUACAGGGAGUGACUGACUGUGUUGAAGUCUAAGGGAACCAGUCUCUGGAUCAGCAGAUGGGAAGAUUCCCAGGCAAUCUGUUGGCAGGUCUUGACAGUUCUACCCUGAGUCAGAUGGCUACUCACUCCCGACUGGCCUCUGCAGCCGCCUUCCUAACCUUCCUUUUAUUCUCCCUUCUGCCCAGAGUAACCACCAGACUGCUCGGUUUGUUACUUUUAUUGUGAAUAUUGAAUGGCAACUUGACAGAAUCUAGAACCACAUGAGAGGCAAACAUCUUUGUGAGAGGGUCUGUGGUUGUCUUAACAGAAGCGGGAGGACUCACUGUUAGGAUGGAUAACCCCAUUCCGUGGGCUGGGGUCCUGGGCAAGCUGGGCACCCGGAUUCAUCUCUGCUUCCUAACUGCAGAUGGGAUGUGACCAGCUGCUUCCUGCUCCUGCAGUGACUUCUUCGCCAUGAUAGACUGUAUUCUGGAAUUGUGGCCUCAAAUAAAACCUUCCUUCCUUAAA